UCUCUCUCUCACUUACAUGCUCCUUUUUAUUAUUCUUUCUUAAAGCACUCUCUCUCUCUCUCCCCCACUUCCAGACUAUUUUUUGGAGGAGUCGCUUCAGAGACUGGGAGUCUGCGACUGCUCAAAAACAGAAAAUUCGAAGAAGCCCAUACUCAGCCCAGCCCAGCCCAAUGGCCGGCGGUGGAGGUGACGCUCCGCCUCUGCCGGCGUCUAACGGCGGCGAGUUCCUUCUGUCCUUGCUCCAACAGAAGCCUCACCUCCUUCACCACCAACAGCAACAUCAACAGCAGCAACAACAAUCUCCGGUGCUUGAUCCGGCGGUGGCAGCCGUGGGCCCCACCCUCCCCUUCCCGCCGAUACCGCCGUGGGCAUCAUCCAACGGCCGGGAUCAUCUUUCUCAGCUCCCCAACCCUUCUUCUUCUUCUCUCUGGUCCACCCAAUCUCCUCCUUCUCCUUUCAACUUUCUAGGGUUUCCCCAAAACCUCUAUCCCUCUCCCUCUCCUCCCAAUCCCUUUCCCCAAUUUGGUGGAAAUCAGUUCCCUGGAAACCUCGCCCUUACGGACGAUUUGAGAAAUCUAGUAGGGUUUCAGAGUCCGAGCAAUAAUGCCCUCCAAAGCCAAAACCUUGCCCAGCUGAAACAGCAGCACCAAGAGCAGCAGAAGCUCAAGUUUAGUUACUUGCCCAGCGAUAUUAUCCGAAAUCCCGAGCCUUCAGUGAAUGCCAACACAUCCUCUGAGGUUUCCAAUCUCAGCAAUGGCUUCGACCGGAGUCUCAAUUUGAAUCCGAACAAUUCUUCCACUUCGAAUGAGUUUCGGCAUGGAAAUCCUGAUACUUUCAAUUCUCGGGAGCAGGAACGACGGGGCGGAGGUGGAGGUGGAGGUGGAGGUGGAGGUGGAGGUGGAGGUGGAAGGGGAAAGCAAUUUCAGAGGAAUGCUCCACCGCCUGGGUUUGGGAACAAUUCGAGAGGAGGAGGGAAUUGGGAUUCUGGGAGUAGAAGGAGAGACUUUGAGCACAAUGUGGAUCGGGAAAGGCAGAGUUCAAGUGAAUUUGUGAGGAACCGGGAUGCUUCUUUUGAGGAUGAGAGAGUGAGAAGAUUGGCAAGUGAAGACAGUCGAAUUCGAGGCAAUGGGGCUCGUGGAUUGGGGUUCAGUGCACAGCUUGAUGAUCCUGGUCCGCCCACUGGCGCCAAUCUUCAUUCGGCUUCAGCUUCAGAGAUUGAAAAGUCGAUGAUGAAUUUGCAGCAUGAAAAGGAUGACAAGAAUGAGGAGGAUGACAAGAAUGAGGCGAAGCAACACCAUAAUUCGCGCGAAAAGGAUUCAAGAUCAGAUAACAGAGGACAACACCCACUUAACCAAAGAAUGAGAAUCUUCAGAAGACAGAUGCAAUGUCGCUUUGACAUAGACAGGCUAAAUGCUCCUUUUCUUGCAAUUUAUGAUUCCUUGAUACCAACUGAGGAAGAGAAGGCUAAGCAGAAUCAAUUAUUUACAUUAUUAGAGAAAUUAAUAACCAAGGAAUGGCCUGAAGCUCAGCUGUAUGUCUAUGGGUCGUGUGGCAACUCAUUUGGAGUUUCUAAAAGUGAUAUUGAUCUUUGUCUUGCAAUUGAUGUGGCAGAUGACAAGAAGUCUGAGAUCUUAUUAAGGUUGGCAGAUCUUUUGCAAUCAGACAAUCUACAGAAUGUGCAGGCGUUGACACGUGCUAGGGUUCCCAUAGUAAAGCUUAUGGAUCCUGUCACUGGUAUCUCCUGUGACAUAUGCAUCAACAAUGUUUUGGCUGUUAUAAAUACAAAGCUUCUUCGUGAUUAUGCAAAAAUAGAUGCAAGAUUACGGCAGUUGGCUUUUAUUGUGAAACAUUGGGCCAAGUCAAGAGGAGUGAAUGAAACUUACCAAGGAACCCUAUCCAGCUAUGCGUAUGUUUUGAUGUGCAUUCAUUUCUUACAACAGCGUAGACCUGCUGUUCUUCCCUGCUUACAGGAAAUGCAGUCAACAUACUCUGUCACUGUUGAGAACAUCAAAUGUGCUUUCUUUGAUCAAGUAGACAAACUUCGAGAUUUUGGAUCCCAUAACAGGGAACCUAUUGCUAAACUGGUGUGGGCAUUUUUCAAUUACUGGGCAUAUGGUCAUGAUUAUGCAAAUUCUGUCAUAUCUGUUCGUACAGGAAGCAUACUCAGCAAGCGGGAAAAAGACUGGACAAGGAGGAUUGGGAAUGAUCGGCAUUUGAUAUGCAUAGAGGAUCCUUUCGAGAUAUCCCAUGACCUGGGUCGAGUGGUGGACAAGUACAGCAUAAAAGUUUUAAGGGAGGAAUUUGAACGUGCAGCCGAGAUCAUGCAAUAUGAUGCAAAUCCUUGUGUGAAGCUCUUUGAACCCUACGUUCCUGGUGUUUAAUUGUUUUCUAGUGGAGUAUAAUUUUGGUGAAGCAGCUAUGGUGAAUGAAAUAAACUAAGAUUGUAAAGUACUGGAGUGCCCCAUUUUCCAUCUUUCUGUGAUGUUUAUAGCUUGUUUAAUGUCUUAGGCUUUAUUUAAAUGUUGCUCAUUGUAAAAAAAAAAAAAAACAUUUUUGUUUAUAUAAAUUUUGUUCUCGUGA